AUGUCCCAUUCGCUUCAGGUCUAUGGUCUAUGGUCUCUGGUUGUCGAGGCUUUCGAGCGGGGCAUAAGUCUUGGAGUCAAGAAACAUGAGUUCAGGCGACCCUCUCAAUCCAGACUCUUAUCACCUUUGCGUGAGGGCAGUGACGGCGAGGCUCGGCCCAUUGACCUCUUGGCACGCAUUGGUCAUCCCGAAUUUCCCCAAGUUCUGGGUGACACUACUGUCCUCAGUGUCAGUGUAUACGGUGGUGCAGGUAAUUCACGUGCAGACCCUGCCAUGUUGACUAGUGUCGAUGGCGAACUUUCCAUCUCCGCUCCUCUCCAAGUUGCCCUAUCCUACUCUCUGAGUGCCUAG